GCAGUCGGUCUCAGCACUGUCGGUGUCCAGGAAGCACUGACCUCCCCGCCCCCCCCCCCCUAUCCCCAGGUUCCCCAGGUUCCCCAGGUUCCCCGGUUCCGGACGCGGAUCCGCGCGCUCUCUACAUAUGGUUCUCCUCCGGCACAUCUCUGUCGCCUUGACCGCCGCCGUGGCUGCCCUGGGCUCCGCUCUCUUCAUCGCCUUGAACUUCUUCUACAAGAGGCGAAUAUGGUCACCACAGGCGGAAUACUGCACGAUCAAAGAGGAGGAGGAGGAGCGUGGGAAGCGUCAGGUCCUGGUCCUCGGUCUGGACGGGGCCGGGAAGAGCAGCAUGUUGCAGGGUUUGACCCCCGGGGAGUCAGCGACUAAGAGAGGCCGCUGCCGGCCCACCCGCGGCUUCAACUUCAUGAGCCUCAACGCUCCGACCUGCCAGCUCGACUUCCUGGAGAUCGGUGGCGGGGAGGACCUGCGGCGGUACUGGUCGGAGUACCUCAGAAGGACUCACGUUCUGGUUUAUGUGGUGGACUCCUCUGACAGGAGCCGCCUCCCAUUGGCUAAGGCUGAACUGCACCGCCUGCUGAGGGUGGAGCCUCAGCUGCCUGUGGUCGUUCUGGGAAACAAGCAGGAUAAGCCCAAUGCUGUGAGCGUGUCGGAGCUGCAUGAGGCCUUGUCUCUGGGCUCCAUGACCGAGGACAGGAAGCUGUUCCUCUUGGCUGCCCAGCUGGGCUCUGAUGGAGCACUGAGGAAAUCCUGCCAGGGCCUGGACACCUUCCAGGACCUCCUUCUCCAGCUCAUUUGAUCCCCCCCCCCCCCGCCUUCACAGAGCAGAAGAGUAGGAGAUGGAGGGACGAAAACAAAAGGAAGCAAUCUUCCUCCUCCUCCUCUUCCACCUCCUUGUUUAAGCUCUGGCUUAUUUGAGGCAGAGGAGGAUGAGAUGACGAAGACUGCAGGAACUGAUGCAGAGAAAUUACUGAAGAAGAUGCCAAGAUAGAGAUAAAACUUGCAGUACCUCCUCGUCUUCCCCCUCGCCCUUUUCAAACUACGUCAGUUGGUUUUAGAAAAAGCUGCUUUUGAAGGCUCAUCUCAUUUUCCACUUUUCUUCCGGCUGGUCUCAUCUUACUCACUCAGAAGAGGAGGUGCAUAGCGGGGACGAGAACAGAAGGAGUAAGGUUUUUUUUCAUGGAGUCUGUGACUCAGAACCACAAAGUUCACCUCCUGCCAAUGAUUCAGACUGGCAACCUGUGACAGACGUGUAGAUUAUUCUGUAUAUGAACUGAAGUGUGUCACGUUUGUAGAUGCAUACAGAUGUCGUCUGGUUUGCUGUUUGCUGAAAAUGUGUGGUCUGAGAAAUCAGCAUAGCAGAACGGGUUAAAGUUACGGUUGCCAGGUUGGAGUCCCUCACAGGGACUAAACUUCAUCGACUGACUGUUUGGAAGAGAUUCGCUGAAGUCCCGAAGUGAGGCUUUUCUGAGAUCUAGGGGGGAUUUUGUGAGGGAACUUAAAGAAGGGUCCAAAAUGACAUUUUAAAAAGCAGUGUGAUAUUUUUCUUCUCACUAGCCUUUUCAGCUUAUGAAAGAAAGUGUCUACACUUUUCUAUGAGUUUCAUCACAACAGUAAUCAUGCGUUUAGUCCCGACAACACUACACAAAUUACAUCCAACUCCCACACACCGUGUCACUCCCUACUUUGUCUUCUCCCAGUAUCAGACAGAGGAUUUUAUGAAGAUAGGAUCUGACUUCAGUUACUCUAAUUACUAUAACUCUGUUCGUCCGAAUGCUUUCAGACCAGUUCGGAUUUCAUCCCCUUUAAAGCACAUUCCCAAUACUGUUUAUUCCACAGUUAGAUCACUAUGUAGAAGAAACUUAAACAAUAACUAGUAUCCAGUUAAACACACAUCCUUGAAUGUAUAAAUGCAGAUGUGAAGUGUUUGACUUUAAUGCUACUUGUACAGAUAAACUGGAAUUUGCUAGAUUCAGAUGUUUGAUGCUGUAUAGUGUGAAGCAGUGUUAUGCUCAUCAUGACGCACAAUUUUUUAAUGAAUGUGAAGUUUUAUUCCUCUUGAUGUGCUGUGUUUCUGCAGAAAUGUUGUUUUUCACAGUAACCAAGAGUUUAGUGGAUUAUGUACGUCUGUUUUUAUAACCAAUGACUGCUCGUCACUCUUGUUUUACGUGUACUGUAACUGUUUCAUGCAUGGCUUUGUUUUGUUGUUUUGAAAUGUGCCAGCUUUAGUUUCCAAAACAGCAAGUGUCCAUUUGGGUUAUUUAGUCUUAAAGGGGACGUCCAAAGUCUGUUUAUAGAUCCCGGCGGUGUGCUACUGCUUAUGUGAAGAAAAGUUGUGUAAAGCCUUUUGUGUCUCAAGAGGCAGCCGUGUGAAGUCUGAUAAAUGUUCUCAUGUGAAUCCCUUGAACCAGCGUCGGAGUCUGAAGACUACAAGUUUGAAAGUGAGAAGAUUUGGAGGGUCGGAGAUAGAAAGAAGUGAGGUUACCAGACGCUCAUCUCUGCUGCAGGCUACCAGCUCGAGGCUACAUUAACCGCUACUAGCAUAACACACCCCAAUCUCUAACUGACCUUCCUGUGGUCAUGUUGCAUUGUGGGUAAUGUAGGCGCUGGGUUUUGACAAGGAGUAAGAAAGGAAUAAAAAAGAUGAUGUAUCUUCUUCUGCUGCAUCGUUUUUUGAUCCUUCUUUUUCCUAUCCAUUAUGAGUGACGGUGUUUUAGGGGUGAGAUGUGUAAUCUGUGGAGUACUCUUAAUGUUUUUCUCUUAAAACAAUGGAAAACAAUCUAACUGAGGUGAGGUAAAGUCUCUUGUUUAACACUCCUUUCCUCGCAACGUUCCUUCAAUGAGGUUUUAUAUCUAAAAAGGUGCGGCCACUUACAGUAUUUGAACAGACAAGAAAAAAGUAAAUCGUUUGCCUUUAUUUAAUCUUGUAAUCUCAUUAAUGUGAUAUUAAGGUAUAUUUUGCAUGUCACACCAUUGGACCAGAAGUGGACACGUGUAGAGAGAAGACGCACCAAUAAGCAUAGUUAUAUAAUCAACCAAUGUACACAAAAUGUACUCAAACAAGUCGCACUAAAAACAAAGUGGAUGGAUCUAUAAGACAAACACAGGCUUGUGUAACAAGUUAAGUCUUUCUAUCUGUCGCCGCUGACUGAGCAUGUCAGAGCAAACACAAACACAGAUAAAACCUAUAGUCCUCUAUAGCUGCCUGACCUUGUUUUUGUUGGGGCAAAGUUCCACGACUGGUCAAACAGGAAGCUGUUAUUGCAGAGACGUCACCCUGGCUCAGAGUUACAGUGUUUUCGCAGUACGCCGUCAGUUCCGCAGGUUUACGACGACCACGAGGCAGCAUGACUCAGUCAGCAUGAAACCUCACAGCUUGUUGAUGAAAUCAUCAGGCAUCAGACUCAAAAUAAAAAUAAAUAAAUAUUAAUGUCGUGAAGUGAAACUCAUUAAACUUGAGUUUUGAUUGUUGACCUGAAGUUAAUAUGCUGGCGAUACAAGUAGUUCACAAUGAAUAUAAAUCUUACAUUAUGACGUCUUAAGGGGCAUUACUGAAACACUCAGGGGUACCUGCAGACUUUAUGUACAGUGUGUGUUCAGACUGAAGCAGACUGACCGGUCGAGGCAGAUGGAGUCAUGUUUCUGCCUCUCGAUUGGAAGUUUUCCUCGUCUGUGUUGCCAAGUGCCUGCUCAUGGUGGGAAUUGUUGGGUCUCUGUCAUUAAUAGCCCAAAGAGUACGGUCUAGACCGGCUCUAUAUGAAAAGUGCAAUGAGAUAACUGUUAUGAGUUGGCAUAAUAUAAAUAAAAUUGAAUUGAAUUUAAGAUAUGAGGAGAAUUUCAGCCAUGGAAAACCUCAAUAAGGACUCGGCUUGUCAGACUAGGGUCACCUUUUAACAGCAGAUGGACUUUGUCAGUUUAACCUGUACUAGAUUUUACUAAUGUUACUACACUAUGUUUUAAAUGUAAUGCUAAACUAACGUUAGCAUGUCUGACAUUCUUGUUAUCAUUCAGUCUUGGAAGGAGUACUUAGAUCCUUUCACCUUUUAACAUGACAAGGAGCCACAACCAGACAGCUUUUUUGUACGGGGCCAAAAGCCAAAAGCGCUGGGAACCGCUGGUUUAUUCUUAAACAAUGUAUUGUUUUUUAUGUAAAAUCUUAAUCUGUUAAGGAGUUAGUGAGUAAACCUCUCAAAUACAUGUUGUGCAGUAAAAACUACAAUAUUUUACUCAAGUGAACACUGAGAUUGAACUUCUGGUCAUCAUGUCAGCAUGCUAACGUGCCAUUAUGUAGCUUGUCAAUAUUGCUAACAUUUAGCAUGAUCUUUUAUGUAUGCAUUAAUUACAAAGUACAGGUGAGGCUUACAGGUAUUUGGUCAUAAUUUUCUACUUAAGAAAUGGGCUAGUUUGACCUGUUGGUACUCCACGCUGAAAAGUCAGGGGAUUGAGGUCAUGAGGAUUCAUCCUCUGUGAACCAUGAAUGUCUAAACAUCUAAAGUUUACCGGCAAAAACAUCAGACAUCAAGCAACAUCUAAUGUAUUGAAUUGAUUUAUUAAAAUCAGCGGUGUGGAACGCUGAGCAAUCAAACAUCCCAUAUCUCCAAUCUGCUCUUGCUUUUCAAAUGCUUGUGCUGAGUUCCUCCCCUCCCUCCUGAAUGGUCCUGGGAAUGUUUUCUCGUGCCUCGGCAGGAACUGUUCGGUAGAUUGAGGAAGUAAAUUAUUGACAGGUGCAGAGGGUCAACACAGUAGGUCAAACUAUUUUAUUUAGUUUGUGCUGACAGAAAGACAAAAGACAAUAAAGAUAAUGUGCUCAAGG